GGCAGGGCUGGGCCCGUGCCGGGGCUCCGCUCCGCCUGGCGAAGGAAGGACGGUCACAGGCCGUUGGCAGGGGGGUCGUAGAGCUGCCAGGAGUUUUUAUUUAGAGGCUGAGACGAGGUUGCUAAUUAUAAGCUGGCAGGAGGGCAGAGCCGUGAGCCAGGCAUGCGGCUGGGAGCUGCCUGUUCUGGGCACUGAGUAAUGGGAAUGGGCUAUCCCAUUCAGCCAGAGGGUUCUGGAAGGGGCCAGGCCCCCACGGGAGGGGAUAAAAGCUGCCGGCCCCCGGCCCUGCCGGAGAGGACUCAGCCCCGAGCCAGCAGCAGCCCAAGAAGCAGCGAUGUUGUGGUGCCUGCACCUCCUGCGGCCCCCCCACGACCCCCCGGCUGCCCGGCUGGGCCCCGUGCGCACUCUGUGGCCGGCCCCGGGGGCCCUCUUCGCUGAUCUGCUGCGGGAGCUGGAGCAGGCCAGGGACUUUGCCAGCAGCAUGGGGCGGCUCCUGGCUGGCGGAGGGAGCGGCAGCCCCGGCGGGGAGCCAGGCCAGAGCUCCAGCGUGGCCCUGGCCCAGGGGCCGGCCGAGCCCUUCGCCGUACGGCAGGACGUCCGGGGCUUUGCGCCCGAGCAGCUGGCGGUGAAGCUGGUGGGCAGGAAGGUGCUGCUGACGGGCAGGAAGGAGACGCAGAGCGAGGACGGCAAAGGCUCCUUCUCCUACAAAAGUCAGCCCCUGCUGGUUGGUGUGGGUCCGGCUUGGCUGCUGAUGUACAAGGAUUAGGCCCCAUGGGGCAGGACAGAGCAGCAGGAGAAGCAGCGCCGGGUCCAUCUACACCGCACACAACCCUGGCUCUGCAGCCGUGGAGCUUCCAAGCCCUCCCUCGAGCAGCUCCCUGAACUCAGCAGAACCUGCAGGACAGAGGGGGUCUCGGCCCACCCCGCUCCAAGGGAACAGGCCUGGGGGGUCCCUCCCGCAGGGGGGGAAGGGGCAAGCAGGGCUCCCUCCCAGAGCAGGGCCCCUUCUAGCACUGCCAGGGCCUUUGUAUCAUCCUGUGCAGGUACCGGCGCCACGCCCAGCUGCCAGAAAAGGUGGGGAGGUUACAGGACAUUCAGCUCAAGGCCCCAGAAAGGGGGGGGGUAAUCUAAUGGAUGGAGAGAAGAGCUGGCAACCUCGGCCGCCUGGCUUCUAGCCCCAGGCUCCUCCCCUUUACUCUUAAUUAGUCACAGCUCCUUGUAGGGACAAGCAGCUUGAUACCACGGCAUCCGUCCUACACAGGUGGUGGGCAAGUCACGCCCUGGCUCCGGGCUCUCCAUCAGGACAAGGGUGGGAAGAGGCUGGCUCCUAAACCCUUUGUGAUCAGGUAGAAGCUUCUCAUGAGACUGACCCAGGCAAUCCAGGGACAGGGGGUGCUUCGAGCUGCAGCAGAACGCCUGGAGCAUGGCCUUAGCCACCCUGCCCUGCAGCACGUAACUUGCUGCCCUAGUUCAUUGCUGCGAAGGUGCUGAGCUUGGACCACAGCUGGGGACCUCGGGGCAGGAGGCUGUAAGUGAAAGGAGACAGGAGCAUCUGCAAUUCGCUAGACUCAGGAGGUGCUGGCUAAACAGAACAGGCAGUAAAGGGCAGCGUUUUAUCACUUUAGUUAAGUGAAAGGGAGACAUUCCCGCUGGCCUCAGCCAAAGCACCAGGAAGGUUAGAUGCCCCCAGCCCUAGAGCAAGUCAGCUCUUCACCUUGCAGUGGGGGUAGAAACAGCUCCCUAUUACCGCUUUGAACGGUUUCUAGCGAGACGCUGGAGGAGACUGCUGGCUGCUUCCUGCAUCUCCCAUUACUCUCGAGAGCAGCUACCACCACGAUUCCAGGUGGAAAACGGGAGAGGCCAGGCGUGCCCAACAAAGGAACAAGCCAGCAGGAGCAAUUGUGUGAGGAAAAUACAGUACAGAGCCCGCCCCCUUAACACUGCCCCUGUGCUGUGGCUGCCCUCCGCUAACGGCAGCGGUCUGAGGCUAGUGAGAGUGGCUUUCCCAUGGCAUUGGAAAGGAGUGUGCAGAGAAUUAUCAAGUGGGCUGAUCUUCACACGGUCCCUGCCUGUUCAACACCUUUACGAUCUAGGGCUGGGAUCCUCCCUCCUCACAGCUUGGUUCUACCAUACGCAGCGCAAGGAGCAGCAGGUCUCACUUCGUUUUUAAUCACAGGACUGGCAGGGACCGAGAGGUUGUCUAGUCCAGUCCCCUGCACACACGGGAGGACUGAGUAUUAUCUACUGACAGGGGUUUGUCCAACCCGCUCUUAAAAAUCCCCAACGACCGAGAUC